CAAGAUCUCAACCGGAAGGAGACGCCAUGCCACAAGAAUGGUACGCAGCGCAUGACGCAGCGUCAUCAACGUCGAUGACGCGCGACCCGUCCAAGCUCGCGCUCUUGAAGCGCAAGAUGGCUAAGAAGGAGGCGCCGGUCGUCGCAGGGCCACCGCCACCCGUGCCACCCCGCCGGAGCUCGAGCGAUCUUGUCGCACCGGUCGACGCGCUCGUGACUGCCACUCUUUCCGAGGCGCCGUCCUCGCCGGCCAAGCCACCGCUGCCACUGCCCCGUCGACGCUCCGAGAGCACUCGCCAUGACGCACCAGCGAGUCGCAUACCCACCAAACGCGCCCUUCCGGUGCCGGCACCCAUGACGUCAUCAGCAGCAGUCGCACUUGUACCCGCCGACGUCGUUGCUACCGGUCCAAACGAGUUGAUCGUCGCUGAUGCCGACUCCGAGAAGCAGCUCUCUACAGCCGACGACUCUGUCGACGAAUGCACAGCCGCCGACACGCCGAUCCCAGCGCCUUCUGGCAUUCUUUCGAUGCCAUCAACAAUCGCAUGUGCCAAGAGCAGCGCCGCGCCGAUGAGCGCGAUGCCAAUCCCAGCCGACGCAGCUCCCUUCGCGCGCAAGUCGUUUCAAAAGCUCGUCGUCAAGUGGAGCUGCAAUACAUGCACGCGGGAGUGCAUUCCAGUGCGCGAAGAAAGCCGCUGUCUCUGCGGCCAUCGCCUCAAGGAGCACCCGUCGAGCGUCGACGAUCCGCGGGUCAAGGACGCCGCCAAGUUCACGCCCUUUGCGUGCACGAUGAGCCGCUGCGUCUGCAAGUCGUUCUUCUACAUCGUCGCCGAGGGCGCUUGGAUACUGCGCUGUCGAUGCAAGCACAAGCACAUUGAGCACGACGCCGGCCGACCACCAUUCGUGUGUAAGAAGCCCAAGUGCGGCUGCACCGGGUUUGACAGUCCGUGGGUAUGCAACUGCGCCCAUCCGUGGAGCGACCAUAGACAAACCCAAGAAAUCAAGACGUUCCACCCUUUGCAAAUGGACCUCUGUGACGAGCUCUCCAAGGUCUACCGUACCGAUCUCGAAGCCGAGCCGCUGUCGCUUCACACGUGAUCCGCACGGCCACUCUAACCACAACCAAUACGACUUUGAGGACUCAAUUGCAUCGUUGUUCGAUCACUUUUGCACUUUCUUCAACCCUAAGCCUUCGAAACACGACGUGCUAUGUCCUUA